UGAGUUUUCUUUAGGAGGCGGGAUAACGAUGUACAACCCGGAAAUACAAGUGCUGUUGACAUUUCAGGGAAGACUGGGUUACAUUGAGUUCGACCCCGAAAAGCGAUGGCAGGGUUGGGAAGUGAGAAUGACCAGAAAAAGACUGCUAGAAGUCACGGCCCGCACUUUGAUAUGAACCCACAGACCCCGGUACUGCGUAUCAGUCAGCUGGAUGCCCUCGAGCUAGACUCAGCCCUUGAGCAGCUAGUGUGGACUCAGUUCUCGCUGUGCUUCCAAAACUGCCGCCCAGGCUUCCUCACUCCUCUGGAGCCUGAACUGAGGGUUUUGCUUCAUUUGCUCCUAUGGAGGUUCACACUCUAUUCUAACAGUGCCACGGUGGGGCAAUCUUUACUGAGCCUGCGCUACCACAGCAAAUUUUCCCUGUCUCCCCGUUACAGGCCUUUAUCCCCCAGGCAGAAGUUAGGUCUGGCCGUGCUCACUGCAGGGCCCCUCUGGCUCCAAGAGCGUUCCCACAGGCUGCUGCCGUACUUGGGUUUGAGUUCACAAGGAUCUGUGUCUGAAAGAGAGAGCGGUUUGCUCCAUCGGGGUCUCCGUAAUGCGCUGACGCUUGUUGCUGGUAUUGUUAAGUUCACAAAUCUGAUCAACUUCCUUGUGUUCCUAAGGAAUGGCCGGCAUCCCAUCCUCGCUGAAAGAAUCACAGGAGCUCAGACGGUUUUCAGUAAGCCAAAUGUGGCCCGGGAGGUAAACUACAAGUACAUGAACCGAGAACUACUUUGGCAUGGCUUUGCAGAGUUCCUCAUCUUCCUGUUCCCACUGAUCAAUACAAAGAAACUGAAGGCAACAAUACUGUCUGCUGUGUUUGGGGGGGAAAGUGCAAGCGGGGAGGGAGCAAGGGAAGGGCAAGAGUUGUGGAAAGAGUGUGGACUGUGCGGAGAGUGGCCAACCAUGCCUCAUACGGUGGGAUGCCAGCACGUUUUCUGCUACUACUGCAUUAAAAGCCACAGCAUUGCCGACCCUUAUCUCACUUGUCCCAAGUGCGGGGCAGAAGCAGGGCAGCCCAAGCUGGUCAAGCUGGAGGUGGAGAUGACUGACAGGUGAUAAUCAUCUCACACACAGAAGAAAUGAAAUGAAGUUGCUAUGAAAUUUCAGCUGGCUUUUGUUUGGUUUUGUUUUUAAAGGUUUUGUCAUGUACAAGUUUAUAAUUAGACUUAUCUCCAUGAUGUCUUUUCUGAACACGCAUCAGCCUGCGAUGUUUAAUGUAUAUGUGCACAUAUUGACAGUCUGCUGCCCCUUCUGUUUUUCUAACUGGACUUUGGAAGGAACUAUUUGUCUUUGGUGCACUGGACAGACUGCAGAGAACGACACAGAGCAUAUAUUUGAUGAGUGAACGUGUUGAUUUAUGCUCCAAAUUGGCUCUGUGCUGACGUGUGUGUAUGUAUGAGUGUGUGUGUGUUUGUUGAAAUGGGAAUAUUUGUUCUGAUGAAAAAUGCAAAAAGUCAGCUGAAUAAAUAAUGGGAGGAAUUUCUGAUGCCUCUCAUCAUGGCCAAAUUAGCAUUUGUUGUGUAUUUUGUGCCUAAAUUGUAUUUCAACAUCAUUAAAAUUGAUAGAGUGCUACCUCUUGGGUGUUUAUUUAGUUAAGUGGAGGAGAGAGAGAUGAGGGAAAGUUAUAACAAUCAGCACACUUCUCUCUAGACAGGCCGGUCGUUCUAACUCCCAUUAUCCGUUUUCACAGCACCCCAACAUGCUCAAGAUCAAGGGGGCAGCCGGGGGCUUGGAUUGACUCACGCACACACACUUGACAGCCAGCCUCUCUUUUCCCUUGGCCUUUCUCUCUUUUGCUGCAUUUCCAUCUCUCUCUUUCUGUAAUCUCCAGGGCCCUCGCCCCUAUAAGACUGUAGUAAACUGUACCAAAACCCUGGCAGUCGUCUCCUUCCUCGCAGGCGAAUUACUCUCUAAUCCCUGUAAUGAGUCCAAAGAUGCUUAUUUAUGCUGGAGUUAACCUCUACCAGUGAGCCCAGCCCCAGGCCAAACUCACCCCAGCUGAGUGAAGCCUUUCCUGGGCUGACAAGACAGGAGCGGGGUGGGGAGGCUACCUCCUAACUCUCCUUCCCACCCCCUCCUCCCUUCCCAGGCUCUGAUCACUAGUACUUAAUUGCUGAUUGCUGAGACGAUCAAUCGGAACUGCAGGCGUGAUAGAAAGCCUAUUGCCAAGGAGCUCGUCUCAAAUCUACCAGCUCAGAAAGACAUUUGCACUCAGAUGAGGUUAAUGUUUCCCUUGGACAGAGAGGGUAAACUUAAAUAUCUGUCCUUGUGUGGUAUAUGAAUUCCCUGAAGAAUACUAGCUGGUUGCACUGGAAGGGCUCAUUUUAAAUUAUUUAUUACUGACCAAUGUGAUUUUGAUUUCUCCCAGUGUUUCAGCAGGCCUUUAGAGUAUAUGUCCUUGGUGGUAAUGCAAGGCCAAAAUUAAUUAUUUUUGUAUGUGUUUGUGUUUGUGUGGUUUGGUUUGGUUUGGGGUUUUUUAGAGCACCUACAGAAAUACUGAGGUAGCCCUUCACCAGAAUAA